UCUGAAUUGUCAUUACCCAAAAAAAAGAGAAAUAAAAAUGUAUCAAAUCUGCGGAAAAUAGAAUUAAAAAACAGAAGAUCCUCUGCAACCUGAAACGUUCUUCUCCUUCCUUGCAAGCAGAGUGCAUACACAGCAAUUCCACGGAGUUUCGGUGAGCUUUUUCUCUCCGGUUCAGCCUUUUUGCUUCGAUUCAAUUGUAAAUUCGUUCGCAAAUCCGUCUGAUUCUCGUUGAAGGCUGCAAACUUUAUGUAUGUUAACUUGUAUACAGAAGUGGGUUGAUCUCCGUUUUUCAUAUUGUUCUGUAUUUGUAUCGUAGAAUUCAUGAUCACCAUUGAUUUUUUGCUGUAAAUUUUCAUCUGGGUAUGAAUAGUUCCAUUCAAUUUAAUCCGCGUAAGCUGGAUUUGUUGUACUAUAAUGAGCAAUAAUCCGUUUCGGCCGGGCAGUCCUAAGUCCUUCGUAGCCUACCCGAGUGGUGAGUUUGAUUUAGAAUCUGGAACAUUUAGAAAACCCCGAAAGCAUAGGAGGUCACCAUUGCUUCCGAUCAAAAUGAUUAGGUAUAUCGGAAACCGAAUGCAGUAUUAUUGCAAGCUGCGUCCCCUUUUAGUUUUCCUCCUCUCCUUGUCAGUUGGGAUCUCAAUUCUCAUACUUUUGUCUCUGUAUGAGAGCCGGUAUCAAAUGACGAACAACUACCAAAAGUAUGACGUGGGUUCUUCUAGUUAUCCGCUCCUGAAUCUCCAGAAUCUAGUCAUGGUUGCCGGGCAUUCAGUUUAUACUAGUAGUAGCUGUGGAAUUGAUAAGGAGGAUUCUUGGUUUUUGGAGUCUUACCAAAAGAAUCCGGGUCAGGCUGCUACUUUUGUGGCUCAUAUACAAGAGGGAAUUGAAGUUGCAGCCAAAGACAAUAGAGCUCUCCUUCUGUUUAGUGGUGGAGAGACUCGAAGAGAUGCCGGUCCUCGCAGUGAGGCACAGAGUUACUGGGCAGUUGCUGAAUCAAAAGGAUGGUUUGGCCAAGAAGAUUUGCGAUCGAGGACACUCACAGAAGAGCAUGCAAGGGACAGCUUUGAGAAUCUUCUCUUCAGUGUGUGCCGGUUCCGAGAACUUACUGGCACAUAUCCUCAAAAUAUAACUGUUGUAAGUUAUGAUUUCAAGGAGGAGAGAUUCGCGCAUCUACACCGGGCUGCAAUCGGCUUUCCCGAGUCAAGGUUCUUCUACGUGGGCACCCCGGCAAUUUCUACUGCAAAAGAAGCAGCCCGGAAAGGAGAAGCAGUCGUGCGGACUCAAUUCCUAGAAGAUCCAUAUGGAUGUCGAGGUUCACUUUACCGUAAAAAACUAGGGCGCGAUCCGUUUCACCGGUCCGUUCCCUAUCCAAAUGGGUGUCCUGAAAUUGAAGGUCUUUUCAGAUAUUGUGGGUCAGCUCCUUAUCCAGGGUCCCUUCCGUGGCCUAAAGAGCAAAAUUAAUCUGGAUAAUUCUACUGAUCUUGAUGUAUAGAACAGGAGAAUCCACCUAACAGUCAUAAAGGGAGUUCCAAUCUCACAAUAACAUAUGAUUUUGUCUUCCUUUGUAAACAACAUUCUUUAAAUCAAUAAGGGUAUAUGAAGGAUGAGUUUUCCA